AUUGACCCGAAAACAGACACCACUGGUUAGUUUCCACUUGAGUAUUCCGAGUGUUAAUUCUAUCUUAAUUCAUUACAAGCAAUUAUUUUUGCCAGGAAAUGUUCUCUUGAAUAAUUUCGGGAAUUUUCUUCGGAGAGAGUGUUUUCCUUGGAGAAUCCGACUUGUGUUCUGUGUAUUGACCAUUGCUUGCACGCAGAUGGUGACAAAUGAAAUCCCCAUGGACCCGCAUUCUCUCGCUUCACAAAAUUAGACAAUGAAAUUAAGACAUGGAUUUCAAAUUGACUUGAAUGUGUUCAGCAAAUGAGGGUUAUAAUUGAAUAUUUACUCGACUGAAAGGAAAUAACUACUCCAGAAUCUCUUAGCUUUUUGCGUUUUCGAUUGAUGCUAUUUAUUAAACGGACAGAAAAAUAUCCUUUCAUCAUUUGGGUUGUAACAUUGCAGCAGAACGAUGGUUUGGUUUAUUUUUGUGGUUUUUGUUUUUGUGCCUUGUGUAUUUUGUUCAGUACCCGUGAAGAACGAUAAUUGUACAUAUCUGUUUGAUAUGGAAAGAAAUUCUAUCAAAGUAACGUGUUCUAAAAAUGUGACUGUGACCAUUCGUGGGAAAGGAAAUACAAAAUUACUGACCGGAAAUGAUGAAGCCAUGAAAUACUGGUUUGAAGCCAAUUUAAACGCCCAUAACAAUAAAACAACUCGUUCUGGGGAUUUUAAUACAAAAGCCAUGCACAAAUUAAAAGGUGCAAAUAGGAUUUUACGGAAAACAAAAAAGAUUCUCGGAAAGAGAUUGGCUGCCCUCAAUGUUACAUCAAGUGAUUUAGAAGACGGGGAUGUCAAACUUAAAAACGAUGUUGAAAUUUUACAGAGAUAUCCUCCAGGUUCCAUAUUUGCACACCAAUCUAUUGUUGCAGCCAUUAAAAAUCAGUACAAGUAUCUCCAAAUGGCCAUGCUUACCCAAAACAACGAAAUGAAGCAACUUGUCAAGUCAAUGACGUCAUUGGUUUCUGCUACCCAGAAAUCCAUUCGAAGUGUUAUGGCGAUGGGUGACGAGUUACAAGAACAACUGGUUCUGCUGAACACAGCUCUUGUUCGAUGUAAUAUGACGAUUAUCAACAAACAAAAAGACUACUGUCCUCGGAUCUUGACGUCUAUUUACCCUUCAAAGGACAGAGUGGUCAAGGUGGGUAUCGCAGUGGGUACUAUCAUGAAAGAUCCGGUUCCAUCCGGUCUCUACUGGGUGACGUAUGAUUUUAGUGACAUCAAUGAGGUGGUUGCUUAUAAGACUUUAGAGGACUUUGAGUUGGAUAUUUCCCAAGAAAAACGCAAACUUCCGUUUUUCUGUGAGGGCACAGGGCACACAGUGUACAAAAACUACUUUUACUGCCAAAAGAUGAUGACAAAUAAAAUUGUACGGUACAAUCUUAUGGAAUCUCGUUGGUUGGGAGAACUGGAACUUCCGGGUGCAGGUGCGCACAACGCUUAUCCAUACCAGUCGGACCGGUUCAGUGACAUCGACUUUGCAACGGAUGAAUACGGAUUGUGGGUUAUUUAUGCGUCCUCAGCGUCUAGUGGAAACGUAGUUAUCAGCAAGAUUAAUGAGGACAAUUUCACGAUUUCAGAAACAUGGACGACUUUAAUCCCCAAACGCACUGUUGGAAAUACGUUUAUGAUCUGUGGAAUAUUAUAUGCAACGGAUUCUUACACUAAUUCGCCAACGUACAUUAAAUACAUUUAUAAUACCCAUAACGGGGGCAAUAAAGAACUAAAAAGCACGGAAAUAACGUUCACAAACACUAUAAGAAAUGAAUUUGUUUCAAACUAUAUGCUUGACUAUAACCCCUUGGACAGGAAGUUGUAUACUUGGAAUCAUGGGAGAGUUGAAAUAUAUUCAACGAUGUCCUCAACAAUCGAUAAAUAACGAAAAAUAGUAGUAUGCAGUGAGUAACAAAUUAACACAACUGUGACCUGAAAAAAUAUUGAUUAAAACAUUGUUGAUAAUUUAUUGCCCCCACCAGUAUCUAUUAUAAAUUGUGUGUAUCACUCAUCAGUACCUCUAUAUGGACGUGUGACAAGUGGUGAUUAAUGUUGGUAGUGGCGUCAAGUGCACUAGCUAAAAUUAACUACAAAUUACAUGCUUGCAGAAAAAGGUUCUCAUAUACAUAUAUUAUAAAAUCCAUGGUAGUCAGUCCUACAUAGUGAACGAUUUCACGUUUUAGUUCACUAUAUCUGUAACUUUUGUUAUAAUUAUGUUCUCUUAUUUGGCGUUUAUUAUCCAUUUGAAUAAUUUUUGUGAUUGAUUUACCCUGAAUACAUUUUAGGUUGCUACAAUUUGGCUAUGAAAAUAUCCUUGAAUCGCAAUAAUACAAAAAUUGCGAUAAAUUGACGAAAUUACAUUUAAUUGCAAAAAAUAUAAUUAUUUUUGUGAAUUAUUGACAUAAAGUGGAUAGGACUGAAACAGCUAGAGCAUCUGAAUAUUAUCAAAAUUUAAGAUGCAUGUAACUAUAAUAACCUGACAGCUUUCGGGAUCUUUUAUAAACAGUUAAGUUGCCGCCAAAUAAUGCAUGUUAGAAACUAAAACAAUUGUGAAUACACAAAAGUUACGUUACAUUUCAUUUAUAAUCGCUUUGAAUAUAAAGUUCAUGAUGAUGAAGCGAAAAGAAGAUUAUUACUGUCUUCCAUGGAAGACAGUAAUGUAGACAGAGUUGAAGUUCUUUUUUGUACAGUCUUCGGAUAUACACUUCCUCUUUUUUGUGAUUGGUAGAAAAUGCAUGAUGUGAAAAUUUCAAUUAUUUCAUUGGUUGAAAUGCUGUUCAUGGCAAGGGAGAUAAUUUUCUGGUGAUUUAGUUUUCGUACGACUUAAAUUUUUCAUGAUUUUCAUUCUUUAAAAAAUCGACAAAACGAUCAAAAGAAAAUUCCAAUAAAUAAAAAUGACACUUCUAAAAUUUUCAUAGCAAUUAUUAAAAAGUAUUUCUAUAUUUUUAUGGUAAACAGGAAUCUUUUUUGCAUGCAAACAUUAAAAUAUGUGUUAUUCUUUUUACUUUGUUUUGUCUGUCUUUCACAUGGUACAUGUAGAAACAAAUGCAUUUUCUCAUUGUUUACUGUACAGGCAUUUGUCUGGCAUAAGAUAAAUGGAGGGCAUAAAAUGCAUUUUCUCGGGCCUUUCCGGCAAGCUCGAAAAAAAAAACACACUACUUUUUCCGCUUGGUUGAAAAUUCUGAGAAGUUGCGAUCGAUGGUAGAGCUUAUGUCUCCAAAUGGCUAAUGGAGAAAUACAAAGAAGAACUCAUCGUUACUGCUCAAAAAUAAUACGGCCUGAUACAUAUGUAGGUGUAUGUCAGUUUACUCUUUAAGGUUAUUGCUAAAGACGGUAAAGCUGUUUGAAAAAAGCUAUACUUGUUCAAUGAGUUCUUGAAAUUCUUAUCUACUGAUAUUAUAUAUAGAUAUAUGUUCCGCACAAUUUAAAACAUCCUCUGAAAUGGCAAACAAUUGGAUGAACGUGAUAUUUUUUAUGUACAGUGUAAAUAUAUACACUGUAGUAAGAAGCAACGGGAAUAAAUCACUUUCUUCUUUAAUUUUAAAUCAAUUUUGCUGUAGAAAGUAAAGUUUACAUAAAACUGUUAGAAACUCUG